AUGCCAGCAAAGACACCUGAGAUACACUCCUGGAAUCAGAUCUCAGCUCCAAGUAAUUACUCGCUCUUCACACUUGACACCAAGGGUAUUUCGACCAGCAUGGACGAGAUGGCACAUGACUUCCACGACUCCGAGAACAUCCACGACCAGCUCGCUCAGCUCACAUGUGAUGAGUUUCCCUUUCUCGUACCUGUUCCCACUGCAGGCGACGAUCUCGAAGCCACAGCCCACAAGCUCAGCGAUCUGGUCCAAAUCAUCAGCAGUGGCCGCCCUUUUGCGCUGACAACCGGCCAGGCCUCAACAUCCAAGCCCAGUGCUGAAGCCUUUGCGAAGGAACGCAUGCUGGCAACCGAACUGGUGCAGUACGAGAGGUGGAAAGGUCGGAUCUACCCACUGCCAGCCUUCGACUGGGCGACGAACAUUCGCCCUGUACCCGAAGAGGCUCUGAAGACCUUUUCGCAACGUGCCGCCGCCAUGGACAUCAUCUGGCACCACCAGGGUGCCACGCCGGAAAAUGCGGCCUGGCUCUCAGUCAACCACUCCGAUCUGCUUCCGCUUGUGAAGGCCGUCACGAAGGUGCUCAGUGCGAAAGUUCACCUCGAGAAAUACAAUCCGCUGUCCCGCCUGAGCGAGACUCAGAUUGCAGAGGCCAAGACCCUGCAGCUUAUCAAUGCGGUCGUGGGGGAAAACGUGGAACGAGAGAGAGCGCGUCUGCGUAGGGUGAUAGAGUGCAUCAACCAGUCACGGGCUGUGCUGAGGGCCCGGCUGAAGGUGCUCGGGACGUAG